UAAAUGCGUCUAUGUUUGCACAAAUGAUUUGUGAUCCAGCUUCAUCUACAGAAGAAGUGAGUAUAAGGGUUUUUAUGAAUCUUUGCAAAUCAUCUAAUAAUGUGCUAGUUAGCCAGUUUCACGGCUGAAGUUUACAGUCUGCUCACCACUCCACGGAAGAGAGGGGCGGGGUCAGCAGAGCUCAUUAGCAUUUAAACUUGUGACUCAUGGACUAAAAAACAGCUUGCUGAAAACAGAGCUGAUUUUGACAGGGGAAAAAGGGUGUUUUUUACACUACCAUUGAGAAAUUUUAACCAAAGUAUGUUAUAGACUUUUCAUUAAGACCCUAAAGAAUCAUAUCAACUUGUGGAAAAUGGGCAUCCGAUGACCCCUUUAAUUUAAUGCAUCCUUGUUGAAUAGAAUAAUAAAAAAUUCUAUUGACCCCAAACAUUCAAAAGUUAAUGUGUGACAGAAGAUUCGUAAUUUAACUCUAAAUGCAGAAUGCAGGAAUGGCUGGAGAUGAUCUGGUAAAGACCUUGGAGAACCUGGGAAUGAAUGAAAAUGGAGAGGGAGGAGAUGAUGGCAAUAUUCUCCCAAUUAUGCAGUCCAUCAUGCAGAACCUUUUAUCUAAAGAAGUUCUAUACCCUUCUCUUAAAGAGAUAACAGAGAAGUACCCUGAAUGGUUGGAGAGCAACAAGCAAUCCCUUCCCACAGACCAGUUCAUGCGGUAUGAGCAACAGUACAAAAUAAUGGGAGAAAUAUGCAGCCAAUUUGAGAAAGAUGGAGACAAAGACAGCGUGUUUGAAAACAUUCUGGAACUCAUGCAGAAGCUGCAAGACUUGGGUCAACCUCCAAAAGAGCUUGCUGGAGAGGCACCUCCUGGCUUGAAUUUUGACCCAGAAUCUCUGCACCUUCCUGGAGCGCAAGGGGUCCCGGGACCAGAGCAGUGCUCAAUCAUGUGAUCUCAAUGAGGUCAAAUUAAUAUACGUUUGAAAACGAUACAAUUUGGAGCUAAAUAUCUGAACCUGAGUUUGACACAGUUGAUCAUGCUCCCCUUUUAAUGGAGUUUGCUUUUGUGUCUGCACUGAAACUGUGAACGUUCACUACAUUAAUUUUACUUCGUAGUUCUUGUCCACAGAGGUUAUUUUCAUCUUCAUCCCUUAUCCGUUCACUGUCCUCACUGUAGAGCAGCUCUUAGCGUUUUGAGUGAAGCUUGAUAUCUCAGUGUGCUGACAGCUUGGUAAAAAUCAAAGUUUUCUGAAUUUUGUAAAGGUUUUACACUUUUACUUCAAAGAACAUAUGACAGGUAUUGCAGUGGAUUGUGUUUUGAGUAAGCAGAGACAAAAGGACAGGAAAGGGAUUUACAGAUUGAUUGGUUUCAUUUUAUUUUUAAAUCUCAGAAGAAUGGUCAGGGUCAACAAAUAGCUUCCAUCAGAUUGAUGAAAUUAUUUUAAUAUACAGUGUAAUGUCCAUUUAUUCUCGCACUAUAUCAUGUAUGCUAUUUCUGUGAUUUGACAACUAAUGUGUGACCAAAACGCAUCUCUCAGAUUCAGGAUUUUCAAAAACUAACUGCAGACACUUAAGAUGCAGGCUGAUAAUAUAUCCAUAAUAUCAUUCUAUGACCCAUAGACUGCAUUUGUAAUUGAGUAGAAUAAUUCUCUCUCCCUUUGUCUUCUAAUGGUUACUAUGUCUAUCGGCAUAUAGAGCAGGUUGAAGUGUUGCCAUGUAAAUUUAUAUAAUUCCCAUCAUUCCUAUGGUGGUGCCUCUUUGUGAUGUGUUAUUUUCACAAUAGUCCUAAUUUGCCUUGAAUAUUGUUUGGUAAUUUAAAAUUUAAAGAACAUGUUAAAUCCCAGGAUACCUCAAAAGUAGGUUAAAGUUUGCAGUCAUUGCUUUUGAGGGGAUGUUUACGUGGUUCUUUUAUGCAAACAGGUUUGAGUGCAUUGAAAUGGGAUCCUUUCACAGGAUCAAAUGUGGAGUUGGUUAUCAGUUUGCUUUCUUGACACGUAGCAUUGGCUAUAUCUUGGUGUGUUGUUAUGUGGCCAAUACAAAGAUUUUGAGAAGGAUAGGAUGGCCGUGCGGAUGAGCUGGACAAAAAUAUGUAACGGUUACAACACUCAGGGGUUGCUCAAACACCCAAGCACUUAAAUCAGAUCAUCAAUAUUCUUUGUCCUGUAAAAUGUUCCCUUAAAUGUACAGUUCAUUGGUCUUGUCAUACCACACUGCAAGAACUGAAAUUCUCAAAAAUCGAAAUAAAUGUUAUAAACAUACAAUGUUUUGUAUUCUUUACCUGACCAAUUUUAUUCCUGUUACAUAUCAAAUUAAAUUAACACCACUCUA